AUGGAUUCCGAAAAUGAAACUCCAUCUGGAACGUCUAUCCAAGUGGUCACCUCUAUGGUCCUCAGCGUCGUCACAUCAGUCCCUUCAGUAACCACAACAUCCUAUUUCUCGGAAUCUACUGUAUUAUCAGCUAACAGCACUUCUCCGGCUGUCGAAGCGUCGACUACCAACGAGAUACCACUCCAAGUCACGAAUUCGUUUUCGCUUUUUGCGUGUCUCCUCGUGAUAGGAGCAUACUUCUUCUUUCGUCGUCAAAACCAGCGGAUCAUGGAGCGCCCAUCACUCGUGCUCGCCGUUUCAAUGGCCACUGCUGACGCCGUCCUCCAUACAAUCAAUUUAUUCGGUUAUGCUGAUCUGAAAGGCUUUGCGUGUGCCUUUUGGGGAGGCUUCUUCUACGCAUUCCCCACUCUCAUUUCCAUCUUCUACUCCUUUUGCAUCGCCCUCAACACUCAACUCGUCUUUGUAUUCUCCAAGCGUCCGGGGUUUACAACGCUCAAGUACUAUGUCUUUAUCCCAAUCAUCCUCUCCGCUUUUAUCUGUAUUCCAGCGCUCAGUGCAGGAGUAUAUGGCUAUGAUGCGAGCUAUGACUUUUGCUGGUACGCGUCGGAUGGUACGCAUCAGCACAAAGUCGUUGUGCGUUACAUCCUUACUUUUGGGAUGUGGUGCCUUGCCGUCAUGGUUUACUUGAUAGUGGCCGCAAUGACGAUCAUUUGGGUCGUCUUCUCUAAGACUUCCAAAAUGAAUCAACUAGCCACGACGCUUUCCAGGACUUUAGGCUCAAGCGCGCUUCACACACCAUCCGCUUCAGCUCCUGGCACCCUCCCAAAAAUCUCGAUUCGCCCGUCUAGCGGGCACUCGAAAUACACCGCACCAACCGACCUAGGUAUGGGGAACAAUCAACCGACUCACUUCUUCACGCCUACGCAGUCGGCAGUUGGAGGUGCGCCGUUCGACAAGUCUGAAGUCGACACAGAGCCGGCCACUCCAAUCACUCCGGUCAAAUCGAAGUCACAGUACAGGCGUACAUACUCGACAGCACAUAGCGGCUCUGUUCCUGUUGCGAACCACCAUCCAACUGGCACCCUCUCGCGACGUUCAUUGGCCAUGCGCGCUCUUGCCCUGCGACUACUCGGGUACAUUCUCAUACCAACCGUCUGCAUUCUACCAAGUGUCAUUCAAGAUCUCAUAUCCAAAGUCUCUCCUCAAACUGCCUCCAGAGUCCCCGACAGUGUGACAACCAUGUUCGCUACGCUGAAUGGCCUAGUCGGGCUUUUCAAUGCUGUAUUGUUCUCACUCGAUCCGGCGCUUUUGGCGCUGUACCAUCAAAUGAAGAUGGCACGCAGGGAGAAGAAGGCAAUGGGCCAUCAGACACACCGAGAUAUUGAAAUGGCCCCCACUGGAACUGUGUAUACUACACCUCCAGAGUCGCCUGGCUCGGGGAGCCCGCGACAAUCCGAAGGCGUGGAGAGACACGGUUCCUCGAGGCAACGUGGACAGGGUGAUAUCCAUGAAACACAAACAUUUGUCACCGCCGAGGGAGAGCUGGAACUGGGGAGUACAAGCCAAGUGGAUGAGGGUAACGGGACCAAGGUCGAAGUGCGGGCAGGCAAGUUUCUUACACCAAUUCUUGUGGGGAACAAAGUCAAGAAGAGCGAGCGUGGUUUACCAUCUCCUCGCUCUAUCGCAGCGUAUGGGAACAGUGGUUCAGUCUCUAAUCCAGGUAUCAUGAUCCGGGUGGACGUGGAGGUUGACUCGACAGCAGAUAAAGACCUUGAGAGGCUGGAGAGAUAUCUCGGGGGGUUAUAG